GAGUGUGUCACCCGCUCGGCGCGCUGCUCCGCGCCUCCGCGCUUCCGUCGGGACGUUCGCCGCGGAUGAGUGGCGAUCCGCCAGAAUUGACGCUGAAACUGAACAAUGAAAAUUCACACUGAAGCGCACGGGGGGGGGGGGGGGGGCGCGCGGCGGUUCACGCGCGAGCGAUGACGAUCCCGCCGGUCCCCGGUCGGUCCGCCAAAGAAAGAGGACGGACGUCGUAGUCUGUCAUCGGUCCGCACCGGAGAGGAGCGUCGCCCGCAUCAAGAAUGAACAUUAUUAACUACCAUCAUGAAACCAUAAUCUGAAUAAUACUACCCUUCCUUCGCUACGUAUCUUAAUAGACUAGAGCAACGUAGAAAAUUGCGCAAACGUGGAUGAUUUAAAGAGACAAAUACGAGCGAAGGAAGAGAGGAAGGAGGGAUGGAGUCCACGUCGGCAGAUGGCGGUCCCGGCCGGGCGGACAACGGGACCGCGGCGUCCCUUGUCUACUGCAAGCUGUGCCUUAGCGAGUAUCCUCCGACUGCAACAAACAAGCUGCAUAGCUGCAACUGCGUCUUCUGCACCUCGUGUCUGCAGCAGUAUGUGCAGCUGGCGAUUCGGGAGGGCGGCGGCGCCCCUGUCACCUGCCCCGACAUGGCUUGCCUGAAGACCGGAGCCCUGCUCGACUCGGAGAUCGCCUGCUUUGCCCCCGUAGAUCAAGUCCAGCUGUACCAGCGUCUGAGAUUUGAACGAGGUGUGCAGCUGGACCCCAGCAAGGCCUGGUGCCCUGUGGUUGAGUGCCAGGCUGUGUGUCGGGUCAAGCCCAGCGCCGAGGGCCAGCCCACAUCCGUGCCGUGCCCGGCCUGCAACAAUGUCUUCUGCUCCUCCUGCAAGGGCCCCUGGCAGGACGGACACACGUGCCCAGAGAGGCGGCCGCUGACCGCGCCAACCCAGGAGGACAGCACCCCCUUGAGCUGUGAGGCGGACGGGCCCAUCAAGCAGUGCCCCAUGUGUGGAGUGUACAUCGAGAGGAACCAGGGCUGUGCCCAGAUGCUCUGCAAGAGCUGCAAACACACCUUCUGCUGGUACUGUCUGCAGAAUCUCGACGGAGACAUAUUCCUGCGGCACUAUGACAAAGGGCCAUGCAGAAACAAGCUGGGCCACUCGAGAGCCUCGGUCAUUUGGAACAGAACGCAGGUGGUGGGCAUCCUGGUGGGGGUCAGCGUCAUCGUGUUGGUCACCUCUCCGCUGCUGCUGCUCGCAUCGCCGUGCAUCAUGUGCUGCGUGUGCAAGCCCUGCCAAGGCACGAAGAAGAAGAAAAAGAAGAAGAAGAAGAUGAGGGAGGACAAGGAUGAGGACAACGAGGUGACUCAGCCAGAAUCCACCGUGUAGACGAGCAGCCCACGCAUCCCACCCCCCCGCCUCCGCCCCAUCCUCGAACCCACGUGCCAACUGUCAUUCUCUAUGCCAAACCAGUCGUGUUGGGUGCACAAGUGCCUCCUCUCGCAGUGCCUGGUACUUGGUGGUCAAGUUUCGUUUAACCUUCCAUUUUAUUAUGCAAAAAAUACCACGUUUCAGACCAGAUGACAACAAUAGCUGCUGCAGCAACAUCAGAGCAUUGCAAAUGUUACAUGAUGUCAUUUCACAUCUUUGCGCUAUGGAAGAUUGCAUCAUGUACUGUAUAUUCCAUACAGGGAAAACCGAUAGGGCUUUUCGAUAUUGUAACUCGUGUUCCUGCUGCAACUUCUCUUUUCUUCUCCAUGGGAUAUAAAAGACCAAAGGCUCUGAUGGGUUAUGUGGAGUAUAACAUGUAAAUUUGUAUUUAUGAAUGUGUGCAGCAUCUUCUGUUUAUAUUUUUCCGUUGACAUUUAUGCAUCAUAUAUUUUGUAAUAGUUAAU